AUGGUCAAGCUGCAACAUCUUGUAGAAAAUGUUGACUGGAAAAGUGGUAUAAAUGUUUGGUUCAAAUUUUUCUCAUUCCCACUGCCCAUCUCUGACCAGCCAGUAACAACUCCUGUCGACUUUGGAAGCACGAUCCCUUCGUCAACCAUUAAGACUUUACCAAAACAGGAAAAAUCAAACAGGAAAGACUAUGGCCGACACAGACGCACCAGGCUUGAGAAAAAAGCACUUAAAGCUAAAGAAGCUGAAGCCAAACUUGUAAAAGCUGAAGAAGUCAUAGACAAUGCUGAAACCUCUUCAACAUUAGAAAGCACCCUUUUAGAACCAAAAGACAUUCCAGGAGAGAAUAAUGGUAAUGAUAAUGAAGAGAAAAACUCACCCAAAGAAUCACUUCAGCCUCCACCUGAGAAGAAACCGCGACUGAAGACCAUUGACCCCUCAAAGCCUUCCUUCCGAGCAACAUGCUACAGGACUGGGCAGAACCAUUCAUUUAACUCGAUGUGUGCUGCUGCUAAUUUUGGUGGCGCCAUUCAGACGUAUUUUGGCUGGAAUGUCGAAAUGAAGAACUUUGACAUUGAAGUCAUUCUUACCGUUAAUGAUGAUGAUGUCUCUGUGAGCAUUGCUCUCACUAAAACCAGUUUGCAUCGACGACUGAUCACUGAUUUUGGACCGACAACUCUCCGACCAACAACAGCCUACAAUAUGCUUCGGUAUGUUUAUCAAUAA